AAACAAAGGUAAAAAAAGGAAGGAAAAAGGUGGUGUAGGUUGUGGGUGGCAAAAAGCAAAAGCGCUGAGGCGUCCAGAAUUGUGAUCACGAUUGCCGACAGGAGCACGCGCCCAAGAUGGGACGGAAGAAGAUACAGAUUUCCAGGAUAACGGACGAGCGGAACCGGCAGGUGACGUUCAACAAGCGCAAGUUCGGCGUGAUGAAGAAAGCGUACGAGCUGUCCGUGCUGUGCGACUGCGAGAUCGCGCUGAUCAUCUUCAGCAGCAGCAACAAGCUGUACCAGUAUGCGAGCACGGACAUGGACAAGGUGCUGCUGAAGUACACCGAGUACAACGAGCCGCACGAGUCGCUGACGAACAAGAACAUAAUCGAGUUGCAGGUAAACGCGCAGAAAGAGAACAAAAACGGCACGAUGUCACCGGACUCGCCGGAACCGGAAGACAGCUACACGCUCACGCCCCGCACCGAGGCGAAGUACAACAAAAUCGACGAGGACUUUCAGAUCAUGAUGCAACGCAACCAGCAGCUGACGGCCGGCGGUGCCAGGCCGAAUAUGACCGCGAAUAGCUACUCGCUGCCGGUUUCCGUGCCCGUGUCUGUGCCCGUCAUUGGCACCUACAAUGACGCGAUGCUCCAGAGCAGCCCACAGAUGGCACACAAUAGUAUUAGCCCACGGCCGUCCAGCUCGGAGACGGACUCGGUUUAUCCCUCUGGAGGCAUUCUGGAAAUGUCGAACGGCUAUCCACACUCGGCGUCGCCCCUCGGUGGUUCACCCAGCCCCGGUCCGAGUCCAGGUAUUGGCUCACAUCAGGCGCAUAAUAAUAACAAUAACACGCAUAACACGCAUAACAAAAAGUUCCAUUUCGACAAUGCAGUGCAAACGAUCAAGCAAAGCCCGUCAGGUGGCAGCGGCAGUUCCGGGUCGCGAUCCACCAACCUGCGAGUAGUCAUCCCGACACCGAUGAACCCGACCAUCACGGCGGACGACAUAUCGUACGUGGAGCACGCGCGGCAACAGACGAAUUUAAACACCCCCGUUGUGGCCCUGCAAACCCCAAUCCCGGGGCUGGCGAACUACACGACCACGUUGGGUUCGUUCGGGGCGCAGGAUUUCUCACUCAACCCCGACAUCAUGAUUGGACCGUGGAGUGCGGCCUCCAGCCAUAGCCAGAAUUCGUCCGCGGCCGUUGCAGCCGCCGCCAUGGGCACGCUUCAGCACUCGAGAAUACUUUUCAGCGGUUUGCCCCAUCUAGCGGUUUCGAACAGCACGCCGCCCCCCUCGACAUCCCCGCUCUCGGUGAAAAUCAAGGCGGAACCAAUUUCACCCCCACGGGAACACCACAACGCGUCACACCACCACGGUGGUGGCGGGGGUGUCCCGGUGGGUGGUGGUGGUGGGGCCACGUCCGGUGCCAAUGGUGGCGUUAGUGGGCCCGUCCCCGGAACCGGCAAUGGUGUAAAUGCGUCGACCAGCGCGAACAGCAGCCAACAAAAUGGCGCCCAACAGCUUACCUCCAUGGGCAACGUGGUGGUAGCGGGUGGCGGCGGUGGUGGUGGUGGAGGAGGAGGUGGAACAACCAACACCCUCGGGGGGAACCUCAACCACACGCACCUCAUACAUUCGCGACCUUCCUCAACCGGGCACCUAACACCGACCCCGGACUCCUAUCUGCCUCUCGGGGGGCACUUGGCAGGUUCGGUAACACCGACGAACGCACCCUCACCGGUCGACAUUCGGCAUCUCAGCACGGGCGGCAGCCAUCUGCCGGAGUACGACGCCCCGGCAUCGCAGGCACAUAAAAGACCCCGAAUUUCCGAAGGUUGGGCCACAUAG